GAAGGCAAACUAGUUUUCUUUCUCGUACGAAAAUUACCUGCAGUAAAUUUAGCUCAGUAUUCGAGUUCAAAGAUCGUCACAAACAGAUCACCAUGAUGAUGAGCGCAAAGCAGAAGAUCAGCAACAUAGCCAGCGCCGCUAAGGAGCGCAUCACCAUUUGCACCGCUAAAGCUCAGGAACAAGCGGAGAAGGCGACGGCCGCGACAGCGGAGGAGAGGGAGAUAGCGAAAGAGCGGCGGAAGGCCAAGGAAGCAAGAGCCAAGAUGGAACUGCACGAGGCCAAAGCCAGGCACGCCGCCGAGAAAUUGGACGCUAGGAAGCACCGUUAUGGUACGGUUGCUGCCGCGACCGCCGCCACCCACCCGCCUGGGCACGAUACGUUUGGUCAUCAUCAAUAUCAAGACCCGGCGGCCGCAACAGCAGCUCCGGCGGUAGCUCGACCGGCCGCAGGAGCCCCGAUGGCGGCGCAGUAUCCGAGUACUGUACCUGCGGGGACGACACAGUACGCGACUGGUACUGGACAUCACUAUGUCUAAUUUUGUGUGGGAAAAAAAAAACAUGUGAGCUAUAAAGAACGUGUUACAUCAAAAGAGAGUACGUAAAGCUUGAUAUCAAAAGAGCCCUAUGUUUUGUGCAGUUAUAUUCAGUACAAUUUUCCAGGUGCAGUCAAAUGUUUCCAAAAUACACUCUUUUUACCAACCAACAGUAGCACAAAGCAACAAUCUAUGGGUAAGAACGAUCAAGGUGGAAGCUCCUGACGGGCAUCAUUACCAUACUCGGAUCUAUAUAAACAUCUAUUCUGAAACUUACCCCGACACUCUGCGUGUGCUUCUCACCACCAUGGUGUUCGUUCGCGUAAUCCGAAUCCGAAAAUCGCGUUCCUGAGGUGGUUAUACCAGUUGCAAUCUGCCUUGGUGUUCGAUGGAGUGCUGGAACUUCCCGUCAGGGGACAUUACCUGCCUCCUGACCUUGGCAUGGCGGACAUUGGAUUUUGCUUCGAACUUGGGGAAUGAGGAAGGUUCGUUGCCGAAACUGAAACUGGUGGUGGGUGGAAACUGCGAGGUGGUCUCGUCGAGGAAUUCGUCGGCGACAUCUCCGUCUUCAUCUAUCUUGAGGCGUUUUGCGUACCACCUCAGACCCUGUAAUAUGCAGACCAUCAGGAGUCAGAUCUCGAUGGCUAUCGCAGGCGCCAGUUAGAUUACUACGCAUAGGAUGUAAUCAAGCAAUGGAAUGGGGAUGAAAGCCAAAUGCUGCAGAAUAAUGCCUGCAUUCAGGAACAAAUUAGGACCACAAGAGCAUUCAGGAACAAAUUAGGAUGGCUAACUUUGCCGUUACAUGUCUGGUUGAUCAAAGUCCAGAAUCACAACAGAUGUACAUAAAGAAUCACAGCUUCUGUCCUGGCUCCUGAAGUAGGGGUUAGACACUAUUCCGAAAGGACAAAUGAAAAGGUCGUUCACAAGUGUUGCUGGUAUUUCCAAACAUAUUGGAUAUUCUGGAGGGAUUCGAGGUACAACGAAAAGGUGACAUUAUAGUAUGCCUACACAGAGGGACUAAGGUGACAAAAUGUCUUACUUUUACGAGGCGGAACAAAUAGUUAGAGCAUAGAAAGAUGUUUUCUAUAUACGAUUUCUCUUGUAGAGAAGUGAUUCAGUUCAUUUUUACAAAUGUGCUUCUGUACUCAAGGACUAAGUAGCUAAAAAGGCAUAUUGUGGCAUGUAAUGCUCUGAAAUUAACUUCAGAGCAAAGCUGUUGCAGCACAUUAAUCGAGCACAAAAUUAAAUUCUGAGCAGAGCUGAAACUUAGAUAAUUUGUUUUGUUUCUGAGCUGUUCGCUUCCAUAGGAUAACCAGUGAAAAAAAAAAAAACUAGCAAUAAGAGUACAAGAAAAGG